UUGCACAAAAAUUGCCAGCAGAAUUAGAAACACAGCAACAAGCAUUUUUAAAUUUUAUUCAAUAUCGUCGUAUUCAAUAUGAUUAUCCAUUACCAUUAAUAGGCAAUAUGGACGAAACUCCUCUUGCUUUUGAUAUGCCGAGUAAUGUAACGAUUGAUACUAAAGGAAACAAAACUAUUAGCAUUAGAACUUGUGGUUAUGAAAAAUCCUGCUUUACUGUUGUACUUGCAUGUAUGGCAGAUGGUAGAAAGUUACCACCAAUGAUUAUUUUUAAAUUAAAAAAUGUUCCGCGUCUUGAGUUUCCACAAGGUGUAAUCAUUAGAGCUAAUGAGAAAGGAUGGAUGAAUGAAAUGGAAAUGAAUUUUUGGGUAGAGAAAAUUUGGCAAAAUCGUACACCAAGUUCUGAGAAUCCACAAUCGCUAUUA